AUGUCUGAUGAGGAACACAAAUCAGAAUUACUCGAUGUGUUUAAUGACAUCAUGAAUAAAAUUAAUGAACUACCCUUACACCCGAAAAAUAAAAUUCUCCUAUACAGUCGUUACUUGCUGUCAAAGAUAUCCUGGGACUUUACUGUUUUUGAUAUAUCUAAGACCUGGAUCUGCGAAACGUUAGACGGUAUUGCGUCAAAAUAUAUUCGAAAAUGGCUGGAACUUCCUGUCUCUGCUACCCUAAGCAACGUGUUGCUUCCACAAAGUAAAUUUG